AUGGAAACUUAGUUUCCUUUCAACAGCGGUAGAAGGAAAGUGAGAAGUAAAGCCACCCACCAAGUUUAUCGUCAAUUGUCAAAGAAGACUGACAAGUGAACAAACCUAGUCAACGAGAUUUCGCUUUAGUGAUACCUCAUAGAGAAGUGUAUUUUGUUUGAGUUAAUAGGGAAUCGUUUCUAUCAACAUGGUUUACAAUUUCAAAGUCUUCAAGAAGUGUUCGCCAAAUGGCAAGGUUACAAUCUACAUGGGAAAACGUGACUUCGUCGAUCACGUGUCCGGGGUGGAACCAAUAGACGGAAUCGUUGUUCUCGAUGACGAAUAUGUUCGCGACCACCGCAGGGUAUUCGGACAAAUUGUCUGCUCGUUCCGCUAUGGACGCGAGGAAGACGAAGUCAUGGGACUGAACUUCCAGAAGGAACUGUAUCUGGCUUCGGAACAAAUUUACCCGCCGCCAGAAAAAUCCGGCAAGGAACAAACCAAGUUGCAGGAUCGUCUGUUGAAGAAACUCGGCCCGAAUGCAUUCCCUUUCACGUUCAAUAUCGCUCCGACUGCCCCUUCAUCGGUUACUUUGCAGCAGGGUAACAAUGAACAGGGAGAACCAUGCGGAGUGUCAUACUAUGUCAAAAUAUUUACCGGUGAGAAUGACACUGAUCGUACUCAUCGCCGAAGCACGGUUUCUUUGGGAAUUCGCAAGAUCCAAUUUGCCCCAACUAAACAGGGUCAGCAACCAUGCACCGUUGUACGCAAGGACUUCAUGCUGAGUCCUGGUGAGCUCGAAUUGGAAGUAACUCUCGAUAAGCAGUUGUAUUUGCAUGGCGAAAGAAUUGGUAUUAACCUUUGCAUCCGAAACAACUCCAACAAGGUGGUCAAGAAAUUGAAGGCCAUGAUUCAACAGGGUGUCGAUGUUGUGCUGUUCCAAAAUGGAAGUUAUCGUAACACCGUUGCUCAUAUGGAAACAAGUGAAGGAUGCCCGAUUCAGCCUGGUUCCUGUCUGCAGAAGGUAAUCUACUUGACUCCAUUAUUGAGCUCGAACAAGGACAAACGCGGAAUUGCUUUAGAUGGACAAAUCAAACGCCAAGAACAGUGUCUGGCAUCUACGACUUUAUUGGCUCAACCUGAUCAACGUGAUGCCUUUGGUGUAAUUAUUUCUUAUGCUGUAAAAGUCAAACUAUUCCUCGGAGCCCUCGGUGGAGAGCUAUCGGCUGAAUUGCCAUUCGUGCUCAUGCACCCUAAGCCUGGAAGCAAAGCUAAAACUAUUUACCAUGCCGACAGUCAAGCGGACGUAGAAACCUUCCGCCAGGAUACUGUCGAUCAGCAGUCGGUUGACUUCGAUUAAUAAAAUCUACAUAGGCUGGAAGAAAACCAAGUCUCGAUCAAUGAUCUGUUGAGGACGAUAAAUUAAUACUGUGAACGACGCAAUUUUUAUAAUUCGUAUUUUCAUGUUACGCAACUGAUUCUGUAUUGUGUUUUCUAUUAAUACACCUUCUUUGUCAAAAGUCGUUUCAAUUACAAGGCAGAAGACAUUAACCAAAAGUGAUAUAAUAAUAUUUUAGGAAAAAUAUUUGAAAAAUGUCAAGAAUAAAUAAGCUAAAUUGGAGUAAUUAUUGAUUAAAA